AUGCCUCAAGCUUCUGAGAAUCGUCACCCGCGGAUCGCUAUUCGGUCAACACUAGCUAAGAAACCAUCUCGUGUCGCUCUUCGAGAGCCAAAAGCUUCACCGGUUAAAGGAGCUGUCAAUGCCAAACCAACCGGAAAUGUUGGCCGUGAUUCUCCAGCAGGAUCCAUACGAACCAAGCAACCAGAAAAGCCAAACCUGGGAUCACCUACUAAGCGACCUACCAAGGGCUCAGUCGAGACUCCUCCUCCCACCAAGACAAGUCUUCGUUCUACAAAGGCUUUCGUGGUGAAGACAUACGAGGUAAUUGAGGAUGAUCUGGCUCCAAGAAAUCCUACCAAGGGGUCCGACAAUGGACAACACUCUGAUCAUAGCAGUCACAGUCAUCCGGUCUUGGCUAUUGGUGGCCUUUCCGAGUCGACCAAGAACAUGUUCAUGGCACACCAAGGCAAAAAGCAAGCGACACCACCAAUUCCGUUAAAAGAUCCUCGGAGGAGGCUGCUCGGAACAAAUAAUACUGAUGCUGAUGACGAAGGAAGUGAGACCUUCGAAGAUUCUAUUCGAUCCGCCCUCGCCACUCCCGGUACUCACAACUACCACCAGAGAGCCCAGACUCCUACAAGUGUUAAGUCUGUCAGAUGGGAUCCUGCAGUUGUUUCUGUUGGCCGUAUCACUUCAGGAGCGAAGCCGGCAUUAGAUGACUCGCCAUGGGUCUUUCCGCCAAGCACUACCAAGGAGCAGACUAGUAUUACAGAUGUUCUAAAGACCCUUUCACGGUUGAAGAAAGAGGACCAACAAACGUUACGCGACUACUUGCGAGACUUGGGCUCUCCGGAAAGCGAGGAUCGUAGCUCCAUUACACAACGGCCAAGCCGAGAAGAAACCAACGAGCGAUUUGGUCUGGACGGCAUGUUUGCAAAGAAGCUCAACCCAGAGGCCUCAGUGUUUAGGAAGGUUUUAGGCCCAAAGAAGCAGACUGAGAAACAGGAAAACCCAAAUACGAAUCCUCAAUUGGAAUCAUUGGGUGAAACGAAGCAAGCCCGGGAACCGAACGAACCAGUGGUUGUCACGUCCACACCCCGGAAGGGCCUCAAGAUGGAUAUCCCUCACCGACAGAAAGUCGAGAGAAGCUCCAAAGAACCAACUUGGAUCAAUAUCUACAACCCACCAUCUGCCAAAGACAUGCCUGCAGGGUUUUCCAAUUUUGCCAGCAAUCCAUUAAAUCGUAAUGGUCCCGAGUUAUCUCAGCCAUUGCCGGCGCCUGCUUCCAACCUUAUGCCGUUGACCUCUGGGUGGCAUGGUGGUCUUUAUGAUCCACAGCAAACAGUCUGGGUACCGAUGCCAAUAUUCCCUACUCCACAUGGUUUUCAGGCUCUUCCAAUGAUUCCGCCACACCUUUGGAAUAACACUUUUAGUCAUCGAAACCAGUUGCCCUUCAAUGACCAGAACGGGGCAGCGCACAAACGUCCACCAUACAAUCCACGACGACCUCCACACAAGUCAAAGUCUGCAAAUGGUCCUCUCGUGGAUGUGUCUCUUGCUAAUGUACCUCCGGAAUGGGGACCGGGUCGAGUUGCUCAACCCGUCGAUGAGGCCUGGGGUCAAUCACUGAUUAAUCAGUUUUCGUCCAAGUAUCCACGGACUGGAAAGGUAGACAUCAAAGCCAAGUACCAAGCACCGGGUCAAAUGAGACAAGCCGCCGCAAUCCAACAAGAACUCGAGCUUCUUAUCUACACGGAGAAGGAGAAAGCUGCGGCAAUGGGGAAGGCUGGCCUUGCAAGACCGAAGCCCCCAGUCUCCAGAAAAGAACCUAAAAUCACUGUGGUGGAGAAGGGCUCAUUUUCAUCCGAGAACGAACCAUUAUCCAGCCAGGCUCAACCGGAAGUUUUGGGGUAUGAGCAGCCUAAGAAAGAACCCGAACUCACUGUUGUGGAAAAGCGUCCAUCUCCUGCAAUGUCUAAUCCGUUUUCUACCCCGGAGAAGAAGCAUGUAUCGAGGAGAGAACCUAGUGUUACUAUUGUGGAGAAGCGGUCCUCUUCAGAUGAUGACCCUUUCACUUGUUCCACAAAAUCAAACCUUUUGGCAUCAUUCGCAUCCAGCACAAAUACUGUUCAGAAGAGCUGGGAGCAAUGGUAA